CGCCGUAGCUAACCUCACGCAAUUACUCUAUCGCCUGAAAAAGAAUAAAAGAAUUUGGGUGAUAUAUAUAUUCACCAAAUUUGGCCAAGCAAUUUUAUAAAAAAUUGUAAUAGGUAAAAAAUAUUUCAUGCAUUAGCAUACAUACCAUUUUAUUAUCUGAAUUGAGUGCGAAAUUGCUUAAAAAGAGUUACAUAGCGCGGAGUGUGUGUGUACCUAAAUUUGUGUUCUUUGCAAACAAAAAACAAGCCGACAUUGCCACAGAUGAAUUGCGUGGUUCUUGUAACUGCUAUUGUGUAAUUUAGUUUGAACGUUUCGCGUCACGGUUUUUCUUAAUUUGCGAGUGUUUUUGAGAUUAGUAAAAAUCAGCAAGAAACAUGGAUGUCACACCCGGUGAGCCAGUGCCACCCGGAUUUGAGGAUGAUUUACGGGAACCCCGUAUUCAAAAUACCAUUGACCAGUAUAAAGCCAAUGCUUUAGUCGGUGUGGAGUACACACUCGAAUUACAUGAAUGUGAUCGCGCCGAACCGGGCUACAUUUGUUUGUUGUGCGAUAAGCGAGGCGACCCGCGCACUAUCAUAAACCAUUGGACCUCAUUCAAUCAUCGUAUGAAGUACUUGGAGAGACAUUUUCCGACAGCUGUGCGGGAGUUUCAGCCAGUGAAAUACAAACCAAACUCUCAUAAUAUCUUAAUAGCGCUUAUUCAAAGCAUGUGUGAAGCCAUCGAAGACUUCCAUGGUCGUUUAAAACUAAAGGUUAUGGAUGCUGAUGAGUUUCGCCAUCAAAAAAGUAAACAUACCGAAGCGAUUAUUUCGGGGUUUCAUCACGAUGAAAAAAAUGGCCCAAAUUUCCUAAAUGCCAUCGAUAGGUCUUUGAUUGAACAAAACAAGGGGAAAAUGUCCGACGAAAGUUCCGUUCACAAGGGACCAACAAAAAGGCCUGGAGAGGCACAACUCCCAGCACCUUCGUCAAAGCAUUCUCAGAAAAGGGACGAAUUCGAUGCCAUUUCCAGUGACUCGGACAAUCCAGAUUAUGCAAAAAAACCUAAAUACAAUAAACCGCAAAUUGCUGCACCAGUUUCAUAUGAAAAAGACGACCGUGGCGAUGUAGAGGGUAAAAAAUUGCCCACUCCCAAAGAGUUGUCUCUACAAGCUUCGCAUAUAGCACAAGAGCGUUACAAAUGGGAAAAAUAUCGUUGUAUGUUGGAGAUCUAUUUAAAGCAAAUGGAUAAGUUACAAAAGGAAUAUGAAAAGUCCCCCGAAAAACAUCCACAGUAUCCAGAGGAAUGGAAGAAAUUUUGGAAUAGACGUUACAAAGAAUUGCAAGCCGAAAAGAAGGUAGACCCUAAUAAGCAUGACUAUAAGCCGGAAUGGAUAGUUUUUUGGACUAAGCGUAUGAUAGAGUUGUUUAAUAUAGAGGUGGAUAAGAAAAAGAAGGAAAUCAAAGUCAAACUUGGGCUUCCCGAAGAGGCAGAAGAGAAAAUAGAUCAGCUUAAAGAACGCUACAAAAUACCAGUAAAUCGUAUACAAAGACCCCAAAUCUCUGAUGUUAUAGAUAUUAGCGAUGACGAAGCGCCUAAUGGUCGUCGUGGAGGAGGUGGUCGCUCAAGACGAACCAGAACACGUUCGCGUUCACGCUCACCUCGUGGUCGUUCGCCACGCGGACGUUCUCCGCGAGGGCGAUCGCCUCGCGGUCGGUCCCCUCGUGCCCGUUCACCUCGAGGUGAACGCCGCGAUUAUCGUCGCCAUACACGCUCGCGUUCUAAAUCACGUUCGCUUAGCCCAUUUUCGGACGAUUUUGAUAUCGGUAAACACCGUCACGCGCCGAAAAGCCACCGUUCUUCUAAUUCGCGUUCGUAUAAUCCAAUGGAAACCAAUCCAGAUUAUUAUCCAUAUGGAUCAUCAAGAUUCCCCCCUAAUAUUCCACACGGUAAUAGCUCGCAUUAUCCACCACACACCUCAACGGGCCUAUAUCGAGUUUUAGAUUCAAGCAAAAUCCCAAAAUACGAAGAUACCAAUACAAGGGAUUCCAAAGAAGACGAAAGCAAGGAAGAUGAUGGUCCUUUGUCUGUGGUUGGUGUGUUGCGUCUGCUGACUGCUCUUGAGGAGCAUUUGGGCAGCCUUGGCCCCAAAGUUGUUGAUCUAUUGGGUAAAGCUUUGGCUUUAGAAAAGUUGAAGGCAAAUUCAUCGGACGAUUUGCUUUUAAAUGAAGAUCAUUGUGUUUUCUUUGAAACGAUUAAAGAGAAAUUAAAAGGUCUGCUCAUUGCCGAUGUGCUCGAUGAUCAGCACAAAGUGCGUGCUGUAAAAAAAGCUGUUAAAAAUAUUGCCGGCAUAAUCUAUCAGGUUACUAAAGGUAACUCCCCCUCUACAGAUGGCAAAGAUGACAAAUCCAAAGACUCUAGUGGUGGUGCAUCAUCCAUUAUGGCAGCAACACAGGUCAAGCGUAAGGGCACUAGUAAACUUAAUAUUAUAGAUUUGCCUUUUGAUAGGCAAAUGGUUGCUACAAAAAUGGCUGCCGCUUUGGUUUUGCAAGGCCGCGAGGAUGUCUCCACCGAAGACAUGGAUAAAUUGAUUUAUUUCUUUUUGUUAAUGGUGAAGUUGUCGAAGCCCAAGCGUGAACUAGAUGGCAGGCCGGUGUAUUGCAAAAAUAUACUUCCCGAAUUGGGUAUAAUGCCGGUGGUGACUACACCGCUUAAGGCUGUCACUGCUGCAGUCACCUUAGCUAGCCUGCCUGGUAUUGUCGAUGGACUUUUGGAUAGAGAUUUAACAUCUGCUUUGGCAGGCCAACAGAUUGAUAAUGAUUUUGAAAAUGAUGCUGUUGCCGAGCGGGAAGUAAACAAAAGUGAUGCCAAUGCCAGUACAUUAGAGUCCUUAACAGAUUCGGAUCUGCAAACACUUUUGCAAAAUUUCAAACAUUUGUCCAGCGAGGAACAACACCAUCUUAUUGCUCACUUAAAGAAGUUGGAAUCCGUGGAUCCCGAACGUGUAGAAAAACUUAGAAAAUAUGUCAACACUUCGGAUAUUGGAGAAGUAGCAGCUGGCUCCAGCAGCAAGACAUCGGGUAACAUUGACGCUGCAAGUAGCAGUGGCAGUAGCAGUAGCAAACAUGACAAACGCGAUCAUCGUGGCUCUUCGGCCAUGUGUGAUGUGGACGACCGUAAUCGAAAUGCUGUAAAUCCUAAUAAAUUCAGUUUGGACGAUGAUGAUGAUGACGAUUACAAUUUUGAUGAAGUUUUCAAGGCGGCAUCUAAAAACGUCAACACUCGCACUCCCGAUGAAACUUCCAGACGUUCUUCGGAUGCCAAGUCCUCAAAAUCUUCCGCGGAUCAAAUGCUGUUGUCCUCCCAAAACGAUUUGACAUUCAAUCCUGCUGGUCUUAAAGACUCCCUAAGCGACACCCAAAAUCUUAUUGCCAAUCUAAUGGGUUCACUGCAACAAAGCAAUUCCAAACUGAAAAGUGCAACAAAUAAAACCAUAACACCACAGCCUGUACCACCAGUCAAUCAGCCACAACCACCUAUACAUCAUAUGGCGGCACAACAGAAACAACAGCCACCACUACCACCCCAAACCCAACAGCAGCAUGGUAUGCCGCCAUAUUACGAACAUCAACAACAGGCAGGUUACCAGGGCAUGCAGCAGGCUGCUGGCUACAAUCAAAUGCCUCCCAAUGCAAAUUAUUUUGGUUACAACCAAAAUCCUUAUGCAGCGGGCUACAACCAAUGGGGUCCUGGCAAUCAACAAAUACCGGGUCAAGGUAUGCAGCAGUUCGGCAUGCCCAAUUACAAUGGAGGUUACUAUGGGGGCAAUUGAGUUCUCCACCGCAGCCUGCCAACAAAAUAAAUCGUAUCCGGACUACUCUUCUCUAGGUUUGAUGCUUUUAAUUAAAUGCCAGCUAAUGCUGUCUGCAUAUUAUUUUUUUAUGAUUUGUUAGUUUAUAAAAACUUAAGUUCUUCAAAGAACCAUGCAAGACAAAAGAAAAAUAAAUUCUAUGGAUUAACUACGUGCGUACUUUGGAACGAAAACAUACUUCAUACAAGUACGCCUAUAAUAAUAUAAUAAUAAAUGAAUAAAUUUUAUAA